AUGGCUGCAGGCAUUUCAAUCUUCUUGCAGCAUUCUCAGAGGCUGUGUGAACUGUUGAUCAUUACAGCCAGGUCGCCUCUUACAUAUAAAAAAUGCCUUCGGCUUGUUAGUGUCUUCUUUAUAUCAUUUCCUGUCGUUCUACAGUCAUUUGCUCUGCCUUCUACAACUGGAUAUCGAGGCACCACAUGGACUAAUAAUGUCCAGUCUUUAGAGUCAUGGACUCGUCAAUCAGUUGACUUAAGUGCAGUCACAGUCACACCUACUGCAAACAGAGAGCGUCUAGUGCAAGAUGACGCAACCCUUGGACUCACCUCCACUGGGAAUCUUGCCUUGAAGGAUGCAGAUGGCAUUCUCUCUUUCGACCAUCCCGCUGAUACGCUCCUGCGAGGCCAGAAGUUGAAGGUGGGACAUAAGCUUAUUGCAAAUAUUUCUCCAACCAAUACAAGUCAAGGGUUUUACUUGAAAGUGGAUGGAUUUGCGAUGUACAUGACCCCUGCACCCGCUCAAAUGUAUUUUAGGUAUCCAAAGCAACCGGCAACUGCUAAAAUAGCUUAUCUACAGCUCGGUGAUGGAGCUCUCAGUUUCCAUCCUGUCGGAUUUCCAUCGAAUCCGAUUACAGUUGCUCUUCCUGCACCUGAAAAUUACCUCUACUUAAAGUUCGAUUCAGAUGGGCAUUUGCAGAUCUAUCCUUUCCAUGCAAUAACUGGAAAGUCUGUAACUGACUAUUUUACAAACUUCAAUAAGGAACUAAAGAUAUGUGAGUAUCCAAGAACUCGUGGGGACUAUGGUAUCUGCGCCGAUGGUAUCUGCAGUUGUCCAAGAGAUGGCAAUGCUUUCGCUCUGAUUAAUGCCUCCAAACCCAGUUUGGUCUGUGUCCCACAUAGUCCUCUCGUUUGUCCAGAGAUGUCCACAAUCAGUAGCAGUCCACAAGAAUAUGAGUUGUUGGAGAUGGAACAGAGUUGGUUUGAAGAGAUGAAUGUUAAACUCUUUGCCUCAAAAAUUGCACUUGCAAAGCUGCUUUUUUCAGCGAUAUUUCCUGUGGGGGCACCCUACGUCGGGAAACUGUCUCAUGCCGUAAGUUCGUUUUUUCCCGUUACCAACGAUUUUCCCGGUGGCUCGAGCAUAGUGGUUUUGUGUGUUUGUCGAUUGCCUAAACAGUGUGGAUUGGUUGUGAUGUUUCUCUUAUUUGGGGCAUGGAUGGAAAAAUAUGGAAAAUGCAAUAGAGAAGAGAAAAGGGAUGUGCAUGAGGAUGUGGACGCUUCACAAAACUGGAUUGCAGGGGUUACGUUGCGUUUCCCAUUCUGGGAAUUGGAAAAUGCUACAAACAAUUACAGAAGAUGA